AUGCAUUCUGUUUCCAAGGGCAUUCUGCUCGUGCUGAGCAGUAACCUGCUCGCCGUCUCUGCCCGCCCUCUUGCCACAGAGACCGACUCUGCCCCGGCUACCACCACCACUGCCCCGGCCAACUACGGCAACUACGGUGAUUAUGGCAACUAUGGCAACUAUGGUAGCUACGAGGCCUAUAAGCGUGACGAGGAGCCUGAGAGCUCCAGCACUGAGUCCACUGCUGCCCCUACCACCACUACCGCAGCUGGCUAUGGGAACUACGGUAACUACGGAGAUUACGGUAGCUAUGGAAGUUACCAGGCUUACAAGCGUGGCGAGGAGCCUGAAAGCUCUAGCACCGAGUCUACCGUAGCUCCCACCACUACCGCUGCGGGCUAUGGCAACUAUGGCAACUACGGGGACUAUGGCAGCUAUGGCAGUUACCAAGCCUACAAGCGUGACGAUGAGCCUGAGAGCUCCAGCACCGAGACCACUGCUGCCCCUACCACCACCACCACCGCCGCAGGUUACGGCAACUACGGCAACUAUGGAGACUACGGUAGUUAUGGCAGCUACCAGGCAUACAAACGUGGGGAGGAACCAGAGAGCUCUAGUACGGAGUCCACCGCUGCCCCUACUACCACUGCGCCUGCCAGCUACGGAGACUAUGGUGACUAUGGCAACUACGGCAACUAUGGCAGCUACGAGGCCUACAAGCGCGAUGGUGAAGAAGAUACGACGACCACCAGCUCGGCUCCUGCUACCACGACAACUGCCCCGGCCAGUUAUGGCGACUACGGCGACUAUGGUAGCUACGGCAACUACCAGGCCUACAAGCGUGAUGAGGAGCCCGAGGUGAGCAGCACUGCUUCUGCGACCACUUCGACCGAGACCGCGACCACGACCGCUGCCAACUACGGCAAUUACGGUGACUAUGGCAACUAUGGCAACUAUGCCAGCUACGGAUCGUACAAGAGGGAUGCCGAACCCGAGGAGAGCGAGCCCUCAAGCACCUCUGAGCCUGCCUCGACCACUACCGCCCCUGCUGGAUACGGCAACUAUGGCAACUAUGGAAACUACGGCAAGUACGGGUCGUACGGCAGCUACUAA